GCAAACUCUCCCAAGUCCCUUACGCUCGACUCUCUACUCUCCCCACCUGCGAUGAUGUUUCCUCUUUCCCUUUAAUCUCGUCUUUCUCUUGCUUGUUGCUCGUUUCUUUUUCUUUUUCUUUCCUGUAUUUCCUAGGACCGUGGAUUCUGAUUUACUUUAAUUACUUGAUUUCCUCGUUUCAUGUCUCCCUAGCUCUCUCUCGUCUGAGCCUUUGCCGUUUGUCUUGCUGAUCCUGAGGGUGAGCUGAUGUCCAGACCAACGUGUCCUAUUUAUGUUUGAUGGACUGCAUGAGUGGCUGACCUCUGGCGGAGCUUAGAUACCCAGCAAGCAUGGCCCAUAACGAUGAAGUCGCCGCGUGGAACCCAGCCUUGCGAGCGGAGGACCACGAGGGUCCGGCGGAGACUGCUUCGGCCGACGCGGUCGCGGACUCGAUAGACUCGACACCGGAAGACACUCCUGUUGCCCCGGAUGCCUCGAUCAGGGAUGAGGAGGCAGAGGCGCCUAUCCAAUCCGCUUCCGCUGAUACUGGUACACCAGAAACGAGUCCAGCUGGUUUGGUAGACUCCGAGGUUCCGCAAAAUGCUGGGGAGAGCCUAUCCCAGGAGGAAACAGUCGAUACUUCGUCGACUCAGGAUCAAGUGGCGCCACCGGCAAAUAUUGAGCAUGAGCUCGCCCACGAGGUGGAGGAGUCGCAACGCGAGGAGCUGAAGAAGGACGCGACCGGUGCCGACUACGACCGGCAGCCACUUGACGAAACACUCGAGAGCUCAUCUACCCACGACCAAGUGGCGCCGCCAGCGACUACUGAACACACAGAGCUCCCUCGCGAGGCAGAGGGGUCGCAACACGAGGAGCCGAAGGAUGACGCGACCAGUGCAGAGCACGAGCCGCAAGAGCAGGAGGUUCAGUGGCCGCCCAACCCUGAGGAACCCUUGGCGUCGACAUCAGAGAACGCACAGGAAUUGAAACUCGCCAACGAUACCACCCCUUUUCACCCGCAUGUGGACACAAAUGUACCUACGGCACCCCACGAGCCUUCUACAGACGAUGGCCAUAAUUUCUGGGGAAGUCCUACCAACGGUGACGCCCAGGACGGUUUCUUCGACCAACUCAGGACACAAACGAAGCCAAUCUACAUGCCACCCGAAGCGGAGUCACGAUUUGAGGAGGGUGUCCCACUAUUGGAUGGUGAGGUGGCCAGCCCAGUGGACGUGACCCCAAGGAAAGCGUCCCUGGGGAAAGGGUCCUCAGAGAAGGCAACCCCGGAGGAGGCAUCCCCGGAGGAGGCAUCCCCGGAGAAGGCGUUCUCAGAGACCGCGUCCCCGGAGAGGACAUCUCCGAAGGAGGCGGCCGGGGAUCCGAUCAGCAAUAUUUUCAAUGAGGAUGACGAUGAGGACGACGCUUUCUUUAGCGAGGUUCAGAAGUCCCCACAACAACCAAAGAUCUCGUUGUCGCAUCAUAUCACGCGCAAAAGCACGUCUCAGGUGCUCGAGUCUCUUGAUAUCCCUUCAGUGCCCCCAUCCGAUGACGUGACAUCUCCGACGACCCAAGAGUUCAACAGUAUUCUGGCAGCUGCUGCAUCGGAGAACCAGACACAGAACCAGACACAGAACCAGGCCCAGGUCCAAGGUCAUGAUCAGACCCAGAGUCAGGCCAAACGUACUCCUUCGGAAGAGGAUCUGGCUGCGGCGUGGGAGGCAGAACUUGCCAAGGAUGAGAAAGACAGCCCUGACGAGGAUCUGGCCGCCCGGUGGGAAGCGGCCCUUGACGAUGACGAUGAUUUGCUGUUGGAGGAUGAAACCUCGACCGCACCCCAGGAGACAGACAGCCAGCAUGUCAAUAACGUCGUGCCGGACGCUGGCUUCGGUGGGUUAAGCAGUCCCCUUGGCACCCCGCAGGGCUCUGUGAGAGCUAAGGCGCCGUCAUCAUACACGCCCCAUCAGCCCUCGAUUGCCGAUCUUGUUCAAGGGGUUUCCCCAGCGGCUGUUCCUCAAGCAACCUCUGCCCCCCAGACCAGCUAUUUUACCCAACUUCCCUCCCGGCCAAAUAUUGCGGCAAAUAGAGGAGAGAGUUUUGCUGAGCGCCCUAAGGAGGGCUACAAGUCCCCGUACGAUUUACCAGAGGAUCUGACCCUACCUCGGAGGCCGCAUGUCACUGCCAAAGCAGUGGUUACCCAGCCUGGGAACAUGCCGCCGCCUCCCCCGCGCCAACCCAGCAUCCCAGGGCCUCCGCCCAGGACCUCCGGCACGCCCACCCCUCCGUUGGCGGCGUCACCGUGGGUUCCAAGCCCGGGGUCCGAACUCCCGAGGCCGCCUCCUACAACGCAGUCUCGACCUGCGAGUUCAGGCCGGUACACGCCUGCCGUGAGUGCAGCACCACCGUCUUCUCACCCUCCUCCACCGCUGUCUCAGGCUCCACCGCCGGUCAACCCGUAUGCCAGCUUUUCUCCCGCUUUGCAGCCGAAUGGUACCGGUGCUGCCCCCCCUACCCAAUCUCCGCUGCAAUCGCCGGAGUCGCUUGAUCCCUACGCCAGUACCUUGGCUUCCAAUACGCUGGGCGCUCCUACCCCCCCAAGUACGGCAUCGAGAUACUCACCGAAACCACCCGGCUCGCACCUUGGAGCAAAACCUCCAGCAUCCCCGAGAUACUCUCCUGCGCCGCCACCAUCUGCAGCUCCUCCUCCUCCCCGUAAUCGUUAUGCGUCUCAACCGAAUGGGGUUCCUAGUCAUGGGCCACCUCUGCCGUUUCAACCUCGCACGUCAAGCCCCCUGGCAUACCACGAAAAGGUCUCGUAUCAACCCCAAGGUCCGUCUGAGAACCAUGCAUUGCCAACGCCACCGGCCGUGGGGACACCCGCAAACGAGAUGCAUCCAGUUCCAAAUGACUCCGGGACUGUCGGUGCCGCACCGCCUACCCACGUCGAUCCUUCCCCGGGCACUUGGUCGCCAGGCGCCACUAAAGCUACCCCGGGCGUCCAGCAGCCAACUUCACCACCUAAAAACCGCUAUGCUCCUUCAGCCUACGUCGAUGAGUUCAGCAAGCGUGUCACCCCGAUGGGUAGUCCGCCUCCGGUCUCGGUGCCUUCGGUUGCGGAGCUGCAGUUUGCUCCCCCUCGCAGAUCACAAACGCAGUCUCCCGGCCAGCAAACGAUGGGCCCACGAUUGUCUGUGCCGUCGCUUGACCCCCAGCUAAGGCCUGCUUCUGCACAUGGCACUAGCUCCCCGACCAAGGCCGUCAGCCCGUAUGCCCCCUCGCAAGUGUCUGUGCACAACCGCACUGUUUCCCAAACGCUUGACUUUAUCCCCCCAAGUGACGGACAGGAGCUGGAUCCACUGCAACGCUGGAAGGGUGCGCCGAUUGUCAAGUUUGCGUUUGGUGGCACUGUAACCUCAUGCUUUCCUCAGCACAUUCCCCGAUACACAGCUGGCCAAACCGCGCCGAAGAUUAAGCCAAGCCCAGGUGAAGUGAAAUUAAGCCAGCUGAAUGACUGGAUCCCGGCCGCGGACAGCAUUGUCCAGCAUCCGGGGCCCCUGAGAAGCAAGUCGAAGAAGAAAGAUUUACUGGCAUGGCUUUCCAGCAAAAUUGCGGCAUUUGAAAACGAGGGCAUCGCGGAAGCUGCCCGACUCCAUCCGGACCCGCAUAAGCGCCACGAUGAAAAGGUCUUGUUGUGGAAGAUCGUCCGACUUCUGGUUGAGCAUGAUGGAAAUCUGGAAGGGUCCGCUGAAGCUAAAAGCGCCCUACGCACCAUUAUAUUCCCGAACCUGCCGCAGAACACUGAGUCUGAUCAAACAUACGGUGCUGGUUUGCCGACGGUGAACCAUUCCCCGAGCCCGAAUGCUUCGUCACAGCCCGACGCUGCCGAUCUUCGCUCGGUGGACAGCAUCCGCAAUAACCUUGUUGACGGUGACCGGGAGAAAGCUGUUUGGAACGCAGUAGACAACCGUCUGUGGGGCCAUGCUAUGAUCAUUGCGUCGACCCUCGAUAAAUCUGUCUGGAAGCAGGUGGUGCAAGAGUUCGUGAGACGUGAAGUCCGGUCCUCCACAAGUAACACGGAGUCGCUCGCAGCACUCUACGAGAUCUUUGCCGGAAAUGUCGACGAGAGCAUUGACGAGCUUGUUCCUCCCUCCGCUAGGGCUGGUUUGCAGAUGAUCAGCAAGGUCGAGGGGCAGGGUCCCGCGAAGGGCGCACUUGAUGGUCUUGAAAGCUGGAGGGAUACAUUGGGAUUGGUGUUGAGUAACCGCAGCCCAGGCGAUCACACGGCACUAUUGGCGCUCGGUCGGUUGCUUCUGUCCUAUGGCCGUGCGGAGGCAGCCCAUAUUUGUUUUAUCUUCUCUCAUGCCCCGGUGUUUGGUGGUGCCGAUGAUCCGCAGGCAGGGGUGGUUCUCCUGGGAGUUGACCACCAGCAUCUGCCGUCCAAUGGCUUGAAUGAUGAUGAUGCGAUCUUGCUCACCGAAGCCUACGAAUUUGCCGUUUCAAUAUUGGCCGGUUCACAGACGUCCACUUUCCCGCAUCUGUUGGCAUUCAAGCUUAUCCACGGCUGGUCCCUAGCGGACCGCGGCCGCACAUCGGAGGCUCAACAAUACUGUGAUGCCAUUGAAGCAGCCUUGAAAGCUUCCACCAAACCAUCUGGCUAUCAUAAUCAGCAGUUGUUUUUCGGCGUGGAAGAGCUCAGCGCCCGCCUUCGACAAACAACUACUGAUGCCGGUUCUUCUUGGAUCUCCAGGCCGAGCAUGGAAAAAGUGUCGGGCUCCAUGUGGUCCAAAUUCAACAAGUUCGUCUCGGGCGAAGACAGCGAUGCUGUGUCGACCGGCUCCGGGAAAAUGGGAGAGCAGGAUGUCGGACCUUUUGCCAACCUCUCCGGGACCCCAACUGUGAGCCGUUCCCCGUCAGUGACGGAUCUAUAUGGCUCAUACCCUGUACCUCCCCCUCAAUCGGUCCCUGGUAGUGGCCCUUCACGGUAUCAACCUGCCAACCCAUAUGCCCCGAAUCCUUCGCCCGAACACUUCCGUGGUGGAAGGUCAUCACUCGACUCUCAGAGAUCGUCUUCCUUCCAAUACCCAUCCGGGCAACGACGGGGAUCCCAGGAUCCAGCAACGCCGAUCGACAGUAGCUUUUACCAGGGUGGAUCGGCACACAAUUCGCCGUCCGCUAUGGGUUAUCAGUCAACGCCACCUCAAACGUCUUAUAUGCCUCUUGCACCGGUCGAUGAGGAUACGGCAGCUCAAUCAUACCCGGGAGUGUCCAUUGCGCCGGUGCAGGGAUCUCAUGGCACCGCAUCAUCUUACCAACCCACUGGCUACGAGCCCGUUGGUCAGCCCUUGAGCCAGAUCCCGCCACCGCCAACCCAGACGGAUGGCGGCUACAUGCCCCCUUUCAGUGGCGGUGGUGGCUAUGAACCCCCGUCGAUCGACGCCAGUCCCCAGCCGGUGCCCGAAAUCACGGAAGAGUCGGUGGAUGAGCCGCAGAAAAAUAAACCUUCCAUCAUGGAUGACGAUGACGAUGACAUUGCAGCUCGUGCAGCGGCAGUCCAGAAGGCCGAAAAAGAGCGCAAGGACCGGGAAGCGGACGAAGCCUUCAAAAAGGCCGCCGAGGAAGAUGCCAAAAAGCCUGGUCCCGCGAAAAAGGGCUGGUUCGGCGGGUGGUUCGGCGGCGGCAAGAAAGAGUCGGACAAUGCCCACCCCACUGGAGGUCCCAUCCGUGCCAAACUUGGCGAGGAGAACUCCUUCUACUACGACACCGAGCUGAAGAAAUGGGUCAACAAGAAGGAUCCCAACAGCGCCACCGUGGCUCGUGCUACGCCGCCGCCCCCCAAGGCCAUGCCUAGCAGGACCGCCAGCGGUAGCAGUGCAGCACCCUCUCAGGGAGGCGCCUCUCCGAUGUUGCCACCGCAGGGUCGGCCUUCCUCGUCUGCGGGUGCUCCGCCGUCGCUCUCUAGCAGUCCUGGACCUUCAACGCUCGCGCCGCCACCUAUGCUCGGCACCACUCCCCGAUCGGUUUCGACCGGCGCCCCUCUGUCCACACCCCCGGAUGCAACUGCUGGACCGCCCCGGCCCACAUCGUCGCUGAGCCACGCCAGCUCCAUUGACGAUCUCCUCGGAGCGCCUACGGCGCGUAGAGGCGCCGGCCCGAGGGGCAAGAAGAAGGGUCGGUAUGUGGAUGUGAUGGCGAAAUAAAAGUACAAAAAAAAGAGUAUUUCUACCCAUUGUUGAGGGAUUCUCCGUCGCCCAACCGAGCCAUCUUUGGAUCCUUCCACUCUUCUCUGCCUAUAACUCUUGGAGACGACCGUGAUCG